AUGGAUGACCUGGAGUCGCUGGAGCUGUUCUCACUCGUUUCGCGGGUGACGAACGAGCUCCAGAACCACCUGGGUAUCAACGACAAGACACUUGCAGAAUUUGUGAUCAAUCAACAUCUCAAUUGCGGUGGCUCCUAUCCUGAAUUCAAGAAAAUCCUAGAGGAUAUGGGUGCCGAGUUCCCCGAGAGCUUGAUGGAAAGCAUUGAUCGCACUAUCCUUACGAUGCAUCCGAAAUACAAAGGCAAGAAGGCGGACAAUGGUGACGCAGCCCCUGCAGAAGAUUCAUUGAUGGACGAAUUUGAUGCGCUAGAGAAGAAGUCUCGUGUGUUCAAGGGUCUUGCUGUUCCGGAUACCGAGAAGCGCUGGACGGAAAAUGACUACUUGGAUCGACCGGCCGAUGAAAACGAGGCGCAAGGCGAUGCGAUGGACGACACAUUUGCUAUGCUGGAAGGGUUGGCUGGAAAAUCACGAAGCGACAACCCAAAAUCCUCCAGAGACGACCGCAGCCAUAGGAAGCGAAGUCGCAGCCCCGAAUACAAUGACCACAGCCGUGGACGACAGCAUAGGGACAAAUAUCGUUCGAGAUCUAGAUCAAGAAGUGCACGACGCAGCAGAAAUGAUGAAUAUAUUGAUGAGUUCGGAAGAUCGAUUGGAAGACAUGGUGAUAAGGAGGAUGGUCACCGCAGCGGCCACAGUGAUCGCCGCCGAAAUCGAGAUCGUGAACGCGAUGAUGCUGAUGAGUAUUUCCGUCGACCACCGCCAGUUGAAUUGGAUGAUGCACCUGUCCUAUUCAAGAUCUACGAUGGCCAGGUCACCGGUGUUAAGGACUUCGGUGCUUUCGUGAAUUUACAGGGCGUCAAAGGAAAGGUCGAUGGUCUUGUUCAUGUUUCGGCGAUGCAAGAAGGUGCGAGAGUCAACCAUCCAUCGGAUCUUGUGUCUCGUGGACAGUCUGUCAAAGUCAAGGUUCUUACAAUUCAGGGUACCCGCAUCGGGCUUUCCAUGAAGGAAGUCGACCAAGUUACAGGCAUGGAUAUUGUCCCUCAAAAACGACUUGCUUCUGGUGCAAACAUGCAGCGUCUAGAUGGAGGUCUAGAUGGCGAUCGAUAUGGUAACCUAAGCUCUGAUGUGCCCGUGAUCGAGGAAUCCAAUGGUCGACCAAGAAACCGUAAACGGAUGACCUCACCCGAACGAUGGGAGGUCAGACAGUUGAUUGCAUCUGGAGUGGCUUCUGCUGCGGACUACCCAGAUCUAGAGGAGGAAUAUAAUGCUACGAUUACGGGCGAAGGAACCUUCGAAGAAGAAGAAGAUGUCGACAUUGAGGUCAAGGAUGAAGAACCUCCAUUUUUGGCAGGUCAGACAAAACAAUCACUUGAACUUUCUCCUAUUCGUGUUGUCAAGGCUCCCGAUGGCUCGAUGAAUCGUGCAGCUAUGUCUGGCAACAAUCUUGCCAAGGAAAGACGUGAGCUGAAGCAGCAGGAGGCACAGGACAAGGCCGCUGAGCGCGCCGCCGAUGUUAAUAUUGCGGCUCAGUGGCUUGAUCCUAUGACUGCGCCAGAAGAUAGAAAAUUUGCAUCUGAGCUGCGUCAGCAACCCAAGACCGACGAAGCGGUUCCUGAAUGGAAGAGAGUCACAAUGGGCAAAAACCAGUCGCUUGGCAAGCGAACAGACAUGUCCAUGAAACAACAGCGCGAGAGUUUGCCAGUAUUCAAAUUCCGCAAACAGCUUCUUGAUGCUGUAGCCGAGAAUCAAGUGCUUAUCGUAGUCGGUGAUACUGGUUCAGGAAAAACUACUCAAAUGACUCAAUAUUUGGCUGAAGCCGGGUAUGGAAACGAUGGUAUCAUUGGAUGUACUCAACCUCGUCGUGUGGCUGCCAUGUCUGUGGCUAAACGUGUGGCUGAGGAGGUGGGCGUGGAGUUGGGACAGGAAGUCGGCUACAACAUUCGCUUUGACAAUGUUUCUAGUCCUGCAACGAAGAUCUUAUAUCAGACAGAUGGUAUGCUGCAACGUGAAAUCUUGCUAGAUCCUGAUAUCAAGAAAUAUUCCGUCAUCAUGUUGGAUGAGGCCCAUGAGCGAACAAUUGCCACCGAUAUUUUGUUCGGUUUAUUGAAGAAAACUGUCAAGCGGAGACCCGAUCUGAGGUUGAUUGUUACUUCAGCUACGCUGGAUGCUGAGAAGUUCUCAGAAUAUUUCCAUGGAUGUCCCAUUUUCUCUAUUCCUGGACGAACAUACCCAGUGGAGAUUAUGUAUUCGAAGGAACCUGAGUCUGAUUACCUCGAUGCUGCCCUCAUCACUGUCAUGCAGAUUCACUUGACAGAAUCGGAGGGUGAUAUUCUUGUUUUUCUUACAGGUCAAGAGGAAAUUGAUACCGCGUGUGAAAUUCUCUUUGAGCGGAUGAAGGCACUGGGUCCCAGCGUGCCCGAGCUGGUUAUCCUUCCUGUCUACUCAGCACUUCCUAGUGAGGUGCAAAGCCGAAUCUUCGAGCCUGCACCGCCUGGUGGUCGGAAGGUUGUCAUCGCUACCAACAUUGCAGAGACUUCAAUUACCAUCGACAACAUUUAUUAUGUCAUCGAUCCCGGCUUUGUCAAGCAAAAUGCUUAUGACCCCAAGCUAGGAAUGGAUUCUCUUGUUGUAACACCUGUUUCCCAGGCCCAAGCUAAGCAACGAGCUGGCCGUGCAGGCCGAACAGGUCCAGGUAAAUGUUUCCGCUUAUACACCGAGGCUGCAUACGCAUCUGAAAUGCUACCGACUACCAUUCCCGAGAUUCAACGUCAGAAUCUGUCACAUACCAUUCUAAUGCUCAAGGCAAUGGGUAUAAAUGAUCUACUACACUUCGAUUUCAUGGACCCACCACCAACAAAUACCAUGUUGACAGCUCUGGAAGAGUUGUAUGCGUUGUCUGCUCUAGACGAUGAAGGUCUUUUAACUCGUCUGGGGCGAAAGAUGGCCGAUUUCCCUAUGGAACCUGCACUUGCCAAGGUGCUCAUUGCAUCAGUGGAUAUGGCCUGCAGUGAAGAGAUUCUCACAAUUGUGUCUAUGCUGAGUAUUCAAUCGGUCUUUUACCGUCCCAAGGAAAAACAACAACAGGCCGAUCAAAAGAAGUCCAAAUUCCACGAUCCGCAUGGCGAUCAUUUGACUCUAUUGAAUGUCUACAAUGGUUGGAAGAAGUCCAACUUUAACAAUGCCUGGUGCUUUGAAAAUUUCAUCCAAGCACGACAGAUCCGUCGCGCUCAAGAUGUUCGCAAGCAGCUCCUUGGUAUCAUGAAUCGCUACAAGCACCGUCUGAUUUCAUGUGGUCGAGACACCACUAAAGUGCGACAAGCUCUUUGCACCGGCUUCUUCCGCCACGCAGCCCGCAAAGACCAAGAGGGAGGAUAUAAAACACUAGUUGAAGGUACCCCUGUGGCCCUUCAUCCUAACUCAGCUCUAUUUGGAAAACCUGCUGAACACGUCAUUUAUCAUGAUUUGGUUCUCACGACCAAGGAGUAUAUGCAUUGUUGCACCACCAUUGAGCCGAAGUGGCUUGUCGAAGCGGCCCCAACUUUCUUCAAGGUCGCACCCACUGAUCGCCUAUCCAAGCGCAAAAAGGCCGAACGCAUCCAGCCUCUCCAUAACAGAUUUGCAGGUGAAGAUGACUGGCGUCUUUCUGCUCAACGCCGUGGAGGAAGAGGAGGUGGUGGUGGAACCUGGGGUUGA